AUGCAAAAGAAUGAUGAAAUUUCGCUGCGAAUAGAUUUUGAAACUUUCAACAUCUCUCAACCCACUAAAGGAGAGUGCAAACAUGAUUUCUUGACAGUUGGUGAGGAGACUGUGCCGAAUAUUUGCGGGCAAAACAGUGGACAACACAUUUAUGUUAAUUUUGAUCCUGAAAAAACAGUAUCUCACGUAUCGGUGGAUACAAGCUCAGCCGUUUCCUUCAAUCGACUUUGGAACUUGAAGGUUAAACAGAUUCCGUGCAACUCAAAAUAUCAGGCUCCGAAUGGGUGCCUACAAUACUUUGAUACUACAUCUGGAUCAGUGAGCAGCUUUAACUACGGGAGCAAAGGCCAGAAAAGUAAGAUUUUUCCUGGAUUCAUUAUCAAAUCAUUAAUUCAUUACUAG